AUGUCCGACCUCCCAAUUCAGCAGACAAACGUACCUUUGGUUGGCGAUCAAGAUGCUGAAAAUUCAUCGACAGCAGGGGACAAGGGCCUCAAGCUGAUUGUCGUGGGCGACUCUAUGACCCAGGGCCACGAAGGGGACUGGACCUGGCGAUAUCGCAUUUGGCAGUGGUUUCGUGAACAGAAUGUCACUAUCACCUUUGUCGGACCCUACACUGGCACCGUCCAGCCAGACAGGCCCAAGCCGCCAUCGCCUCCUCCCCUCUAUGGCUCCCCUAAGCCUAGACAGGGUGUCAAGGUAGAUGGGGGCUAUGCGCGUGGUGUAUCGGCGGAUUUUGACAGCCAUCACUUCGCCGUCUGGGGGCGAACCGCUGCGCUGGAUAAAGAUUUGAUAGAGGAUGUUUUGAUGGCCCAUCCGGCAGAUUUGAUGCUUUUGAUGCUGGGAUUCAAUGACCUGGGAUGGCUUCAAAGUGAUGCCCUUGGAACGCUUAGAAGCAUUAAAACAUUGGUUGAUAACGCUCGCAGGGUUAAUCCCUUUCUCAAGCUUGCUAUUGCCAAUGUUCCUCAACGGCUGAUGAUCGGUGGGCGAGAAGAUUUGCCCUGUUCCACUCGAGAAUAUAACAACCUGCUUCGCUGUGCUAUACCACAGUGGAGUACGGCUGACUCUCCGAUUCAUCUUGUUGAGGUCUGUGAGGAUUAUGGCUGUGGCCCUGAUGGAUGUCCUGCAGGCUACGAUGGCCUUCAUCCAAAUGCGACUGGAGAAUAUGAAAUUGCACGCGCAUUCUCACUCACCCUGGUUAGAGAUUUCAAUAUUGGUUCAGCCCCGCUGGUAAUACCCAAAAAUGUACCGAAGCGGUCCUUGCCUCGCCCAAAGAAUUUCAGAGUAGUCUCUAGCCCUGGGGGAGUCACCGCCUCCUGGGAUGCAAUAUACGGUGCGAUGAGCUACGAUGUCCGGUCCAGGAUCUCAGGAAUCACAGAGUUUCACACCAGCAGUGUAUCUUCGAAUCGAUGGGACUCUCAGUGGACACAGGAAGGAUGGGUCUAUGAGGUUCAAGUACGUGCAAGUGCAGGCAAUGCACUAAAAGGCCGCUGGACGGCUAUUAAAUCGGCCAAAUCAACACCCAAAACACCUCCUGGCCCCGAUAAUGUGAUAGUUAAUGCUACCACUACUGGAUUCGAUAUCUCAUGGGACUCUUGUCCUAGCGGCUUUAAUGUCACGGAAUAUGAAAUUCUGUACUGGGAUAAAGAUAAAAAACAUACUUUCAUCACUAGUGCAGGCUUCAAGGAAUCUCCAGCUCAUGUUGAUGACCUUAUCCCGGGGCAUCAUUAUCAACUUGCCAUCGUUUCCUGGAACGGUGCUGGCGGAGGAUUUCCCAAGGGAGUCCGAAGUGUCACCGUCGGCCGAGGCACUCCGCCAAUACCUACUGACUUGAAAAUUACAGCUAAAGAUGCAACCUCUGCUCACCUUACCUGGACUGGUUCUCCUGCUGCUGCUGGUUAUCAGCUAUGGUUCCGCAAUGUGAAUGAGCCGGAUAGCGAGCUCUGCAGGGUCAAUGGCACAGAGAGCAAACCCUCCAGUGACCAAUAUUUUCUGGUACCAGGUGUUUGGAACUUUGAGUGGUGUGUUAGUGCUUUCAAUGGAAGUGCUGAAUCUGACAGAUGCGAAUCUGUGCUUGCUCCACGGCCAUCUGAUGCUAGUAUAUCAUCUAGCGACUGCUCCGAGGAGGAUACCAACUCGCGUCAUGAAUCGGCCAAGGACAAAGAUAUCAAUGGGAGUUUAACCCCUGAACAUAAACAUAUGCCUUGUACCCCUACCACUCAGUGCGAAACGCCUCUCCAGGAAGAAGAUCAGGGCUGGGGAGUUCUAUGUGGCACUUGCGGCCAUACUGAGCAAGAUGACAUUGACUGUCUCGGCUCUGGGGGUAGUAAACAACUCCAUGGCGAUAGGUGCUACAGAGAUGAGUGUAAACACGCUGACUGUACUAAUCCAGAGUGCUGGAUAUACGUCUGUGAUAAUUCUCACGCCGAAAAGGAUGACACUGUAACUAAGUGCGAUGAGUAA